AUGCGUCCUCAUUGCCGCCGAUGCAUUGAGUCGGGUCGAAAGUGUGAGGGCCCUGUCGCGCAUGAGAUUCGCUUCAUGCAUGACCAGGCCGUCGUGUCCCAUGCAAAGUCGAAGACCACAACGCCGGGCUUGCACCGCGAUGUAUCACUUGUGGCGCCGCAACACAACAACGAGGAACGACGAGCAUUUUACUUUUUCCUGAAUCGCGCCGCACCCGUGUUCGCUGGGGGACUCAAUGCCAGGUUCUGGCUUGACUUGAUUCCCCGGCUGGCUCAAUCCAGUCCGUUCAUAUGGGACGCCGUGGUCUCGAUCAGCUGGCUGUUCGAGCGCGUGCCCUAUGAUAUCCUGGUCAGGAGGUUCGAAACCCAGCCGACUUGCAUCGUGAGCUCGGAUCACAGAAAGGCUGUCAAAUGGUACGGUCGCGCGAUUGCCGGUCUCCGUCGACAUAUGGAGCGCGGCGAAAUCGACACCCCCGUUGCGCUUCUGAGUUGUAUUCUAUUCAUCAGCGUCGAGUCCCAGCAAAGGAACAUCGGAAACGCUUUGAGUCUGGUGGAGACCGCCUACAAGCUCUUGUGCCAGAGUCUUUCGACGUCGGUGUCACGCUUGUCAGCAGACAGUCUCUCAAUCCAUGAGGUCGUCACACCCUUUGUUUCGCGCCAUGCCGUCCUCAUGGCAACUCUCGGAACUCCCCUUCCCCCGGAUUGGAGCUGCCAAGUGGAAGAGAACGUUCUGAAGCCGGCGGUGCUUGCGUCGUUAUCUGAGCUUGACGAAUCGAGGGCGCGACUGUACAGUCUCACAUAUCAAGCAUACGAGAUCAUUCGGGUGGAGAACAUCCAGCCCACGGAAGACCGCAUCGUGAAGAUGCAGCGCGUGAAGCAGACACUACUACUCCAAGAUCUGAGACAGUGGGAAAGUUCCUUUGUCAGGACAUGGCGCCAUGAAACGAGAAACGAGAUGUUAUGGGCAGUAUCGAAUCUCCUGAUGCACUGGGUUGUCUGUUAUAUUUGGCUGUCGACAUGCACGAGUCAGCUGCAGACCACAUUCGACGAUUACAGAGACCAGUUCUCAACAAUUCUCGACCAUGCCGAGAAAGUCCUCAAAUACAGUAUCGGAUCUACGACGGGCCAACCGAUUUUUAGAUUCGAGAUAGGGCUGAUCCCGCCGUUAUACUUCUGUGCCAUAAAGUGUCGCGACCCGAUGCUUCGCCGGAGAGCGUUGGCCAUGAUGAUGCAAGCACCUGAGAAGGAGAGCCUCUGGUCUUCUGUGGCGACAGAGACGAUGAUUGAGAAUGUCAUCGCCAUGGAAGAAGGCAAACCUUACGAUGCCUCCCAAUCCGACCUGACCGGGCCUCUGCCAUUGCCGCCGGAAGAGAAUCGCAUCCAUAACGUCGCUGUGGUCGGGAAAGAUGUCCUCGGAGGCACCCAGCGGUUUGCCCUUGAGUUGAGCAAAUACGUUACGGGCCCUGAUGGAGUGAGGAGGAUGGUCAGCGAAACAGUCUGGCUGGAAGAGGCUGCAGCUGAGCAAACAUGA